ACAUUUGGUCGCCAUAUUGGCAAAGUAAAUUUUCCUGAAAAUCGGAGAAGUGAAGUAGACAACGUAGUAGUUGAGUGUUACGUGAAAAUAAGUGAUUUAUAAUACAAUUGAAAGUAAAUUUAAAGCAAUAAAAUAGUGCUGAUUGUAUAAUUAAGUGACUUCAAGUAAAAUUGAAGGAAUUCACUUAGAAUGGAAAUAUCUGUGAAAACUAAAGACGAAAAUGAAGCACGUGUGGCAGAGGAAUAUCUCUCCAGCUUGUCUGAUCUUACUUGCAACAGUAAACCCUUAAUAAAUAUGCUAACAAUGUUAGCAGAGGAAAAUAUUGGAUGCGCAUCAGUUAUAGUUAAAGUGGUGGAGCAACACAUCGCUAAGGUGCCGCCAGAUAUAAAGUUGCCUUUGCUAUAUUUAAUAGAUUCUAUCGUGAAAAAUGUGAAAAGCACUUAUAUUCAUCUCUUCAGUCAAUGUAUUGUGAACAUAUUUUGCGAUGUAUUCGAAAAGGUUAAUGAAAAAAUUCGUGAACGUAUGUAUGCAUUACGGUUAACUUGGAAUGAGGUUUUUCCAUCACAAAAACUAUACGCAUUGGAUGUAAAAGUGAAGCGGAUUGACAAUAAUUGGCCAAUCACAGCAAAGCAAGUACCACCGUCCAUCCACGUAAAUCCAAAUUUUCUCAAACCCAAUUAUGAUCUCAAAGUACAAGCCGGUGAUGUAGAGGAGAUAUUACAAGCCAAAACACGAGAACUGUUGGAAUUGAAAAAGCGUAAACUCGAAUUAGAACUUGAAGCGACCAAAAAGAGCUUGGAAGAACAAGAUAAACAGUUGUCGAAAGUAACAAAUGGCCUCAUGCCACCGGAGGCGGGCACUACAAUGGGCGGUUCGCGCAUGCCCGGCGUGCCAGCGCAAAUAAUGCCAGCUGGCAUAAUGCCACCUGGCUUGAUGUCUCAACACCACAUGCAUCCACGGCCUACACAUCCGGCAAUUGUGGGUGGUGGAGCGGUGCCACCAGCAGCACUUUUUCAUUCAAAUUUCAACCAAUCCAGAUCACAACAACAACCACCGCAUAUACCAGUUGGUAUGAUGCCUAUGCCGCCUCAGAAUUUCCCGCCUACGAGCACUGGCAACAAACCGAAAGUGCAUCCUGUAAAUCCCGCAUUAUUAAACACCAUAAGACACCGUGAUCCACGUUUGGCACGUCAACAGCAAAUACAAGAAGCAACGCCAUCAAUGCGUGGCUCAUCAAAGUCAAACACUUCGUCAUCAUUGCGUGGCGCCGAUGAUACAAAUAAAUCUGACAAUAAGUCAUCUUCAGCGUCGUCUUCGUAUCGCAAUGGUAGCAGCAGCAAAAGCAGUCGCGGUGAUUCGGGUAGUAAUACGAGUACGGAAAGCCGACGAAAAGGCAGCUCAUCACGUGAUAAGGAUAAGGAUAAAGAUCGUAAACGUAGCGAAUCAAAGAGUUCCACAUCAUCCGGUAGUUCGUGUUCCUCGGAGCGACAGAGAGGUACCUCAUCCAGUUCCGCAACUGGAACUACAAGUAGUCGCAGCAGUAAAAAAUCAACUAGUAAUAAAUGUGAUAAAGAUGCUUUUGAGAUUGCGCCACUUUCUACAACAUUCAAGCGUAAAUCCUCAACCGCAUCAUUGUCCGGCAACGAGUCAACAACGUCAAAAAAGAAGGAACUAAAACGCAAAACACACAGUACACAUACGUCACCAACCAGUAAGAAUCGUUCACGCAGUCGUUCGCCAAUUGAUAAAGCUACCGGUGCUAGCACAACAGUUGGCGUCGGCGGAAGCGGCGCAUUUUCGGAUCGUGAUGAUAGACAAAUAUUUUCAACAAAAAAACUGUCGAAAGCGAUCCAUUCUGAUGCCGAGCACGAGGAGGAGAUGCAGAAAAAUGCCGCCGCAUUAAAAGUAGAAAACAAAAAUAUUAAAAUAGUGGCCGACGGAUGUUUGGCAAUUGCUGCGCAAACGGACAUUGACUUAAGGCAUUUCCCCUCAAUCGCUGCGUACGCGCCACAAUUAGAACAGCUCGUAAUAGCUUCUGAAGCGGCGAAUCUUAAAAAUACUAUAACUACUACUACAACAACAACAUCAGCAAAAGUGUCGUUUAAAAUUCAGAAAUUGUAUAAUAAAUUAGACAAAUCUACAGCGCAACAACCGGCGACUACUGUUGCACUUGACUUCGACGACGAGAUGUCAACGACAGUAGCAGCAGCAACAACAGCAGGAGCGGCAAACAUAAUUAAAGGGAAAGAUGGCAACGCAGUAACAACGUUCUUGAAAACUGAAACUUUUUCUAAGCAUAAAGUUGAUACAGAUGAUAAUAAUGAUCAAGGUAGUGGUGGUGGUAGUGGUGUUAUUAGUGUUAGCGGUAGUGUUAAUGCUAAGCGUCACAGUAGCCUUGAUACUAAGGAACAGUUAGAAAGCAAGCAUAAAGCAGAGCCAUUGUCGCCAGAUACAAUGGAAAUUGAUAAAGCUGAUAGCGAUGAGAAGAAACGUGUCUCCACAUCAAGAACAGAUCUUGAAGAACCAUUGGCCAAGAAGAUUAAGCAAGCCAAAUUCGAUGCAUUAUUUGGAGACGAAGACGUAGAUUUGCGUACUUGUAUACCACCGCAGAUACUAGCCGUACAACAGCUACAACAUAAAUCACAACAAGAUACUAAGUCGCCAACACCGCCACCUCCUCCAUUUAUAACAGAGGAACAGAAUGCGGAAAGUUGGAAUAACUUGAAGACCUCAAAAAAUACAAAAGCAACAUCAUCACCUACGAAGAAAGCAUCGACCUUGGAUGACGUGCGUGCCAAACUGGCAAAAGCAACUAAAUACAGCAAAUUUAAUAAAUCAGAAAAGUUAAGUAAGGAUAUUACCCAGCGUGUUAAACUAUCAGAGCCACAAUUAAAUGAUGAUUCUCAGGAUGCCAACGACGAAAAAAUACGUACGAUUGUAGCACAGGCACAGGAGCUGUUAGAAACUAACUCCAUCAAUCAGGAUCAAUAUAAGAAUCUUAUGCAGAAAGUAAUGUCCAUCAACGAGACGAGCAAAUUGAAGGAGGCAAAGAAACGUGAAUCGCUUGAAGGCAGUGCUGCAACAAAAUCCAAGCAAAUUGAAGAGGACGAGGAAACUGCAGAAGAACAACGCGCCGCAGCGGCACGUGAAGCUGUUCUUAAGAAACGUAUACCAAAAUUGCGUAGACCUUCAGCCCCUACAAGCGACAAUAAUGCCAAUUCCAUGCCUACCACUGAACUAGUCAAUAGCAAUUCCUCUACAACACGUUCGCCCAUUUAUGAUGAGCGUAGCAAUGACAAUAGCGAUAUAGGUCCGUUACAGCGCUCCAAGCCACAAAGGGAGAAACGCUUGAAACCCACGAAAUGGGGUGAAAAAGUGGAUGGCGUCGCCAUUGUAGCUAAUAUACCGGGCAAUCCUAAUCCCCCUAAAUCAUGGACGAAGGGUAAUAUGAUGCGACCACAUCCUAAUAUCGGCGGCUACCGCGGUGGACCACCGCCAAAUAUGCCCAUCAUGCAUCCGCAAAUGCCUUGGCAAAUGCAAAUGCCGCCUGUUGUUGCGCCCGGUGGGCCGCCGUUUGUGAAUUCUGGCCCGAUGAUACGUAGCAGCGUACCACCGCCUCCACAAGCACCAAUGGUGCCGAUUAUACCAUUACCACCUAACAUUCCGAAACCGUGCAACUCUAUUGAUAAUCCGCAGGCCGAUUUAGUGCGCACCAUCACGAUUGAUGGACUCUCGAAAGAGAUACGGAUUUACGAUCAGGUAGCCAUUGUGUUCAUGGAAUUGGAUCAGCCACGUGAAAUCGGUUUUCAAGCGGGUCAACGUUCGAUCAUCAUUGAUGAUGAGCCACCAAUAGCGUUGCAAUUCAAUGAUGAUUAUAAAACGUUCAGCAUUAACGGUCAGCCACAUCGUUUGCGUUUCGGUUUUCCGUCGCGCGAACUGUACAUUGAUGAUCAGUGGUAUGAGAUAUAUUUCGGUGGACCGCCCGUCUCGAUACCCUUACAAAAUAGAAUACAUAUACUUAAAGCUGAAGGCCCGCCACCACAAGUGAAUAUCGGUGCGCUGCGUCGAGAUUUGGUUGUGGGUAAGAUCAAUAUGAUUGUUGAUGCACACAUUGUCAUACCGUUGUUCCUGGAUGCGAAACCGCAAAGCUUUAAAUUGGGCAAUCAAGAUCACACUGUACAAUUUGCUGAUAACCUAUUGACAGUUUUGCUGGAUGGCGAGCCCGCCAAAGUGGAGUAUGGCGGUUUGCCGAAGAGCUACGUACUGGGCGGUAAAAGUUACUUCAUACGGUUCGGCGCUUUGCCGCAAGGUUUGAAAGCAGGACAAAUCGUAGUUAAGGAUAUGAUUUAUGUGAAAACCGAGCCGCCAGCACCGGAACCAAUACAAACAAUCGCACCAGCAAUUCAGGCAAUUGAUGACCCACUACCUGAGAGUACACAAAAAGAUAUUGAUAAUAAGACUGAGCCGGAAAAAGAAAAACAAGAAAAUAGUAUGGACACAUCGGAAAAUGAUCAAUUGGAGGCGUCGUCAACUAAAACACCUGAAAGUGUAGAAGCAACGAGCGCAGUUAGUGAACCAGAAGUGGUUGGUACAGCAGGCAGUGGCAAUUCGGCUAUACCGAUAUUCUCUGCCACGGCAUUGAAUAAAAUUAAUAUCGAUGAGCUGUUCCAGAAACUAGUAUCCUCUGGUAUUUUGGGUGGAGCGGGCAAUGUUAUAGCAUCUAGUAACAAGGAUGCCGGAGUUUUGCCCUCAGCUGCCGCGCCUGAAGAGGAGCCACCUCAACCGGUUGCUAUACGCCCAAUCGACCUGACCAAAUCGGAAACAAUUAAAACACGCCAAUUGGCAAUUGUCGAUACAUUAUUCUCUGGUAUGCAAUGCAGCAGUUGUGGUGUGCGCUUUCCACCCGAACAAACUAUCAAAUAUAGUCAGCAUUUAGAUUGGCAUUUCCGACAGAAUCGACGCGAACGAGACCUAACACGGAAGGCACAUUCGCGUAAAUGGUAUUAUGAUCUAGCCGACUGGGUGCAAUAUGAGGAAAUUGAGGAUUUAGAAGAACGUGAAAAGAACUUUUUCGAAUCGCAGCAAAAUGAUGUGGAAGCAUCGGACGAGACGUCAAAUCAAAAGUGGCUAAAUUCACCGGCACCACUUAGUUGUCCGGCUUUACCAGAAGAUGUCGAUCGUGUCUGCGAUAUGUGUCAAGAGAAGUUCGAACAAUUUUAUCACGAGGAAACUGAGGAAUGGCAUUUGCGCAAUGCUAUUCGUGUGGAAGAUAAAAUAUAUCAUCCGUUAUGCUACGAAGACUACAAGGCUGCACUGAAUGCCAAAGAUGAAGAAAUAGAGGAAAAGGAUAAAGACAAGGCUGCAGAGGAAACAAAUACAGAUGAUGAUAUGAUUAUCAAAAUUGAAGGUGAUGACCAUAGCGAUGUUGAAGGUGUAAAAUCAACUGAUAACGCUCCGGAAGACGACGACGAUGAUGUUAUCGUCUUGCCUAAUGAGGAACCCUCUGUGACAGAAAUUGACGAUGACGAUGAAUAUGUACCAGAAAGUGUACCGCCAAUCGCAGAUAAAGAUUCCAUUGACAUUGACACUGAGAAUAACGGCGCAGAAUCAGUAGACGCAGAUGCGGAUGAGGAUGCCGCUGGAUCAGAUGUGGAAAUACAAGAGCCGCACAUUCCAUUCACAGACUUGGAUACAUAUGUGGAAAAGGAACAACCGGAUACCGACGAAACUUCACAAAUGUCAUUCUUUAACGUGAAAAUUAAAGAAGAACCAAAGGAUGACGAUGAGGAUGAAGAUGACGGUUUUGAGGAUGUUGGUACUGUGCUGAUACCACCUGAUGAAGAGAUCUCCAUACAGAGCAGUGAAGAAACACAAACUCAAACGAUUGCGUCUUCGACGUCCGGCAUGUCGCCUACUGCCGAACGGCCACCCUCCUCACAAUCACUUGUUCAAGUCGAUACAACGGAAUUCGCUGAGGGCACUAGUACAAAUACAGUAACCGCAACUCCGAUUGAUUUGAAUACCUCGAUUGAUGGCAAUCUCGGCAGCGAAGAUGAACAUAAUUUAUCCACGGUUGGUCCAUCACCUGCUAUACCAUUGGCUAGCUUAGUUAAUAAAAUUAAAAUAAAUAUAGCUAAGAGUAGUAUAACAGCAAAUAAUAGUAGUACUAGUAAUAAUAGUAAUAGUAAUAAUGGUGGUAGCGCCUCUGCGACAAGCACAACAAAUGCAACGACAGUCAACAACAUGCUGAUCAGUCCAACCAAAGGCUCAACGGUGUCUGAUGCGCAUACAACCGAUGAUAAUAAAGAUAACCCUAACGGUGCUGGUGGUGAAAAUACAACACCAUAUAGCCAUGUAUCAGCCAUAAGUGUUGUGUCCACAAUACCGGUACUAUGUGGCGGCGGUACGACUGGCGUACGUACCACUACCUUAGCGCCGGUGGUGUCGAGCAGCAGUAGCAGUAUAAAAAAUAUAGCUGUCAAUGCAGAGUCCAAUGUAAGUACGAUAUCUGUCAUUGGUAGCUAUGGCAGUACAUCCUCAGCGCCACGGUAUUUCCCUCCGUCAACUACUAGCACGGUUGUGCCGACUGUUUCGAAGCGUCAAACAGCACCACCAAGAACGUCGACGCCACCGCCGCCACAAGAGGAAUCGUUAACGUACGAAUUGAAACCGGCCUUACAGAAUGUCAAACUCACUAAGGCGAAAAAAGUACAAUGCGGCAUCGAGACAUCGGGCCUCUGUUCAGUUAUGUAAACGACACGAGCAAAAUUUUGGCACAUUAUUUAGAAACUAAAUGGAAUGCCUUGAAGGGUUUAACAUUUAUAAAUAGUUUUUCACAUUGGAAUGUGAAUGAGAGAAAUUUUACGCUAUUGUACAUAUGCAUAUACAUAUGUACAAGUGAAUAUGAGUGGAUAUGUGUAUUAUUCUGUACGUUGUUUGGGGAAAUUACAUACCAACAUUGAUGAUGGAUUGUUAUUUUAGUAUGAACAUUUUAAAACAACAACAACAUUAAUGUUUUUAGUUUAAUUUUUUUUACCUUAAUUUUAGAAAUGUAUUGAAACACUUAAUUUUGUUGAAUUCAGCGUACUUUUUUUGGUGCGCUUGCGCAAAUGAAUGUGUGUGCGUGCGUGCAUGUGUACAGUUAAGCGUGUGACUUGAGGUCAAUGCGUUUACAUACACUUUUAAAUACAUUAAAUAGACGCACUCGGUUAAACAGGAGUAUAUUCAAGCCAACCAGCAAUUGCAUUCUCACCGCAACACAUUUGGAGUAUUUAUACCAAUAAACAGAAAAAAUAAAGAACAUUUUGUUAUUACUUAUUUACUUUUUUCACAUAUGAUUUGUAAAAUUUUCUUCAUGAAUAAUAUAAAUAAUAAACUGCAUUGCCUAUAAUUAUGGAACCACAUACGAAA